AUGGUGAAACAAGACAACAUCUCCUGGAAACUGGACAUCCUGGAAGUCAUGUUUCUGAGGACAAAGCCCAGAUAUUUGAAAACCACAUUGUUUUUGAAUGCAAGAAACCAGAAGAAAGUGUCCUCAGUGUUGGACGUGAGAAAGUUCAACAAGAACAGUGCCAUAAAUCAAAUCUCCAAGUACAAAAGCGAGCUUUCCGAGAGAAAGAUCCAUUCAGCCAAAGUGAAAAUGCAGAGGAAUUUAAAAAAGGUCAUCAAAAGUGAAACUAGUAAAUGUCAAGCGAAACUUAAGACUUCUCCCGAUGAUGCCAAACAACAAGAGAGAUUACAGAUUUUGCAAGAUAUUGAUCUGGAUGACAUUAUCAACAGAAAGCUGAUUAGAAUAUUAAUCAAUGUUUUCACACCCACUGAGGAAUUGCAGGAAUUUCCUCCCACUUAUCUGCCCACUUGGGUCAUUGACUCAAUAAAGGAUAAGAAUAGCAAAUACAACCCUAAUAAUACUACAAAAGGCGAUUCUCAGGCAAAGAUUAAUAUCGUAUCACAAUUGAUGAAUAAUAAAGAGCUGAGAGAAAUUCUAAGCACUAUAGAUUUGACGUUGCGGUUGGUGGAGGGCCCUGUUGAGAGACCUGAUCAAAUCAAAGAGAAGAGAGAAAAGAGAGAAAAGAAAAAGUCUGACGACAAAGAUACAGCAACUACUAUAAAGAAAAGCGAAAAGAAUUCCAGUUACAGUGACAAUGAAGCUGAAGACCAAGAUCAAGAUGAGGACUCUGACCAUUCUGACUUAGACGACAUUAAUUUCUCUAAGUAUGACGGAGCACUGGCUGCAUCUUCAGAUGAGGAUAGUGAUGACGAACCCGCAACACAAAAGAAAGACACCUCUAGAUCGUUAGUCGAGGACGAUUUCUUUGAUUUUUCCGUGGCUGAAUUGAAGCAAAGGGAAAAAGCGGAUGCCAAGAAGAAGGAGCAAAAGCUUGAAAAAGAAUACAAUUUGCCUCAAUUGACUAGUGGAUACUUUUCAGGCGGUGAGAGUGAUGGUGAUUACGAUAACGACAAAGUGGUCCAGGAAGCAACCAAGCCUCGUAAGAAUCGAAGAGGACAAAGAGCACGGCAAAAGAUUUGGGAGGCCAAGUAUGGAAGGAACGCUAAUCAUGUCCUGAAGGAACAUGAUCGUAUUAGGUCAGAAAGAGAACAGAAGCAGGCUGAAUAUGAGGAGAGAGUGAGGAAGAGGGCAGCCAAGGCAGCAGAGCUCAGAGAAAGGCAAGCCUCCAUGCCCCCUCCAAAGAUACAAAAAGUUGCUUCAAAGGGCCUGCAUCCUUCUUGGGAAGCCAAAAAGAAUCUGGAGAAGAAGCAGAAGAAUAUUCCAUUCCAAGGUAAGAAGGUUACUUUUGAUUAA